AUCCCCACCCUUCGACAGCUGACAAGCAAGUCACUAGAAAACGCAGCUGCUGUCAACAGUUGCUCGCCUUUGGCUAGUCUGUGCUGUCGUGUAGAACAAUGUCUUCACUCUUUUAUUGGUAUUGUUUUGACUCUGCAGUAACUCGUCGAGUUUUGAAGUACAGAAGAACUAGGAGAAUGAAUCAUAAUACAUUUCAGUAUGUGCUGCAGAACAUUCAAGACAAAAUUUCGAAACAGAACACAAAUUUUCGCAGAAGUAUAACAGCAGAAGAAAAAUUGUGUAUAACGAUAAGGUAUCUGUCCACUGGCAUCUCCUUUCAUGCACUAGCAUCGUCAUUCCGAUUAGGAGUGUCCACCGUAUCAGUGUUGGUGAAAGACGUUUGUAUGGCCAUAUGGGAGUCACUUGCUCCCAUUCAUUUACCAACGCCAACUGUUUCUCGAUUUAAAGAAAUUGCCAGUGAAAUGCAUACGAGAUGGGGAUUUCCAAACUGUGUUGGAUGUAUAGACGGGAAGCACAUACGUGUCCAAUGUCCUAAACUUUCUGGCAGCAUGUUUUACAAUUACAAACAGUAUUAUUCGAUUGUACUCCAAGCAGUUGCUGAUGCAAAUUACAAAUUUAUAGCUGUGGAUGUUGGUGCCUACGGUAAACAGUCUGAUGCAGGUGUGUUUAAAGAAAGUAUGUUAUAUAAGAAACUUACAAAUGGGGAGCUGUUAUUACCGCCACCAACAAGACUUGAAGGAAUGUGUCAGGAAUUACCGUACGUCAUUUUGGGAGAUGAAGCUUACCCCUUAUUAGAGAAUUUGAUGAGACCUUUUCCUCGGAGAAAUUUGGACAACGAGAAGAUUCUAUACAAUGAUAUGCAUUCCAGAGCAAGAAAAGUUGUUGAAUGUGCAUUUGGUAUAAUGACCAAUAAAUGGAGACUACUGAGGAAGGAAAUUGAAACAUCCGUUGACGUAGCUGAUCACAUAGUCAAGUGCAUUUGUCUACUUCAUAAUAUUGUCAAUUGUCAUUGACAGAGAAGGAUGCAAUGUUGAAGCUGAAAAGUUUUGUAACAAUGCUGAUAUGCAGACAGCUGGUGCCACAUUCAACAGAAAUUCCAUAUUACGUCCGAAAACUG